GUUACCUGAAAUCGUACAACAUCUUUCAAUCCUACCAACAAAAGGAAAGUAUUUGAAAGCAAACAGCAGGCAAAGAGGUUCAAUCUCCCUCCUCCCCCCCCCCCCAUCAAAAAAUUAAAUUCUGCAUACACUCCUGCCUUAUAUUACACCUUUCUUUCGCUCUGGAUUUUACGACUUUCUACAAUUAUUCUUAGGUUAUGCUUCCUAAAUCCCGAAUUUGCAUGAACGUGUGUGUUUGAGGCGUGUAACCGACGACGUGUGAAUCUUAGGCUUCUCCUGGAUCGAGUGCAGGCGUGGGUGGGUUGGCGACACUGGGGCGCCGGGACGCAUGCGCGCCAGUGGCGGGCAGGGGAGGGGAUUAUUUGUGGAGGGGUGAAAUGGCCGAGGGUGCAUGAGGAAGCGAGGAGGGGGGAGUAAAUUCGAGCGUCAGCUGUCUUCAGUCCCGAUCCGGUCGCCGCGGCAGUCGCACGCUAGCCGCACGCGCGCGUGACCCCGGGUGUGUGUUCACAUUCCUUUCCUAACGUAACCUAAACAAGGCAUAAAGUCGCAGCCACGAAGAGAUGCGUCGUCACUCGCGUCAUGUCGACGCGCUGGAAGGCCAUCUUCUGCCACCUGCGCAAGAGCCUGGCUCAGCCUAAGCUGGACGACAGCAAGGCCAACGCCCCCGGCAGCCCGGACGCCUUCAACGGAGAGCCAGCGCCAACGCUGGACGAGAUUAGGAGUUGGGGCAAAUCAUUCGACAGACUCAUGAGGAGCCCAGCGGGGCGGAAGGUGUUCCGCGAGUUCCUGCGCUGCGAGUACAGCGAGGAGAACAUCCUGUUCUGGCAGGCGUGCGAAGAGCUCAAGAAGGAGUCCAACCCGGAGGUGGUGGAGGAGAAGGCCAGGUUCAUCUACGAGGACUACAUCUCCAUUCUCUCGCCGAAGGAGGUGAGCCUGGACUCGCGCGUGCGCGACAUCGUCAACCGCAACAUGGUGGACCCCACGCCGCACACCUUCGACGAGGCGCAGCUGCAGAUCUACACGCUGAUGCACCGCGACUCGUACCCGCGCUUCGUCAACUCGGAGCUGUACAAGCAGCUGGCGCAGCUGGGCGCGGGCGACGGCUCGCCGCCAGGGGCGCUGCAGCAGCCGCCGCGGCGAGACAGCAGCGCGUAGUGGCGCGAGCACGUCAUAGACCCGGCGCCGCGGGCAGGCGGUAGCGCGGUAGCGCGGUAGCGCAGUAGCUCACAGCGACGGCCGCGUGGCUAACUACUAUGGUUUGUUCAUUUCAAGAGAGUCUCGUCAGACGCGCCGCACGUGAUCAUUAUUUUUAAUUAGUUUAUUUCCGCCCAUCUCUCUCCCUAAAUCGCGUCUGUUCCGCCUAAAAAAAAAAAAAAAAAAAUGCAGGUACAAGCAGCAUUCGAAUUCCAACACAACAGCAGAUCUCGUAAACACGUAAGGAGAGCACAAGGAGCAACGAUAUCAAUAGAAAAAACAUUAAAUAUAUUAAAGGGCAAUUAUUUGUACGCUGUUGUCACAUUUCUGUUGUUAUAAAACAACGUUAUAUUUGAAUGUUUGGGUUUUUAUGCAGUUUGUGUUUGAUACUUGGAGACUGGCACAUCAAAAAGCGCAAUGCAUCAAAUUUCAACUUCAUAUUUUACAAAUUAAUUUUUAAAAAAUAAGCGCGUUUUGUCGGAGUACCAUUUGCUAACCAACUCACUAGUAUGGUGCUUCCACCUGGUGAUUUUGACAUUUUAUUGGCGAAUGGUAAGAAAAGAUGUCUCCUUCCUCCCCCCCCCCCCCCCCCAAACUACGUGUGCAGAAACCAAUUUUAGUCUGUGUCAUAAUUGGUAUAAGUUAUGCCUCCAUCGGCACUUUGGUUUGUAGAACUUAAUAAGAACCAACCGAUUUAAACUGUUCAGGAUAUCCGGAUUUUGUGUGUGUUUUUUUUUAAGAGCACGCGAGAAUAUGCCUACGUCAGAUCUGCAGUACUUUCAAUAGGGUAGCCACCAUGAAAUAUAUAGUUUUUUUUAAUAAAGACCUUACCAAAUAUAUUUGCGAUAACAACGAAAUAAUUCGAUCUUGACGAAACCAUUCAUUACAUACAUCAAAAUUUUAUUUGCUGUCACUAAUAAGCAGAUACUGCAAUAUUUUUGUGGCCAGCACAUCAUAUUUGUAAGGGUUUACAUAUUGUUGUGGUGGUCACAGCACUGUUUAUUCGUUCACUGUAAAAGAAAUAUAUCUCAGAAAAAUAGUUUUUUUUUUUAAUUGCUCUUGGACAUUCUAAUAACUGCAUACAAUCAGACUGUACCUCCUCCCCUACUCACCCCCCCCCCCUCCCCAAUCCCUCACACACACACACACGCACAUUCCCCUACUGGCAGGUAGCUACAAGGUACGGGGCCCGCCUACUGGGCACACACGGUGCGGUGUGCAGACCUCCAGGAAAAAAACACGCGAUUUGAAAACUGCUUAAGAUAUCCGAGUUGGAUCAGUUUACAAAAAUCAUUUAAGAAUACGCUGAGGGCAUAUGAGUAAUUCUGUUUCCGUAUUAAAUUUUUUAAACUGUGCUUACUAUUAUAUUAAUAAAAAUUGUUAAAAAGUGGUUUCUUUUAUGAAUAUUUUUUUUAGGAAUGAAUCAUCUUGUACAGAUUCUUGAAAGCACUCAAAGGACUUGCAUAACCCAUUUAUUGUUGUUUCUCCGCCAUAUUAUGUUAUCGUUACCUCUAAAAUAUCAUUGUUGCCCUAUGCACGACGAGAAGACUGCAUCAUCAUAGUCCAUAAACUUGUACUUAGAAGCACCAGCGAGCGUCGCACUUAUCAUCCCGCCUCACUAACACACAUACACCCCUGUCUAGGCGGGCACCUUAAGCAACGUUAGUAUCUGUAAUUAAACUGGCAAUCCGGUUUUCCUGUAAAAUGAUGAUGGAGGUUUCUUUAAUUCCCCCCCCCCCCCCCCCCUUCUUUACAGCGACUCGCGACCCAACACUGGACCACUUUAAUCGAAACUGCCCUCAUUCAGAUUUUUAAAAACAACACGCAAUGUUUCAGAUGUAUUCAUGAAAAAUGAUACUGAAACUGUUUGGGCGAUAUUACAAAAAUGCAUGAUUUUCCUAACCUAACUCCGGCACUCAGGUCAGUUGGGAAUCUAAGGCAGUGUCCGAGUUCAAGUACACACUACUGUACUUGCGUUCCCACCAACUUCACUCGCUAUUGUUGUGUACUAAAGUAAUUAGGGAGUGUGUAAUUUUUGGCAUCUAUAAAUGACAUAAGUCAGAGUAACAGGUUGUUAACAUUUAUUAUUUUCAAUAAAUUAAUUUAAUCUCAGCAAAAUAUUUUCAUAUAUGACUAAUAAAAGUAAUUUUUUAUACCCAUUUACUUAAGUUUCUACCUUUAUUUUGUAAAUUAAAAUCGUCACGUGUGUAUGUAUUUCGAAUAAUUUGUAAUAAACCUGUAAAAUAUAUAUUUCAUAAAAAAUGUUAGCCCUGAAAAAAAAAUAUUAUUCAACAAGUGUUUUGGUAACUAAAUAGGUAAACCAAAAUUAACCUAAAUAACUUUUUUUUUAAUCUGCGACGUUUAUUUACCUGUAAGUAGACGAGAAGUACACCGAUUCGUUUACUCGCAUGCCUGAAUUCUACAUUUCCAGUUUGGAAGUCCUGGUGAUGUCACUUCCGGGGAAAAAUACAAACAAGUAUUUACUUCAGGCAAAAUCGGACACGGCCUAAGUGCGUCUCAGGCCUAAGCCUACAGCCUAAUUAUGAUAAUUAUGCAAAUUUGAACCAUUAGAAAUCUUGUGUUUUGUUUUAAGUGUGUCUGAAACUUUUCUGUUGUGUGGGUGCAUAGUUGAAAUUAGACACUUGUUUUUAAUAACCUCCAGUGCAUGUUUAGGAAUGUUACCAAACAUUUCUUGCGCUGUACUGUCGAAGCAUGCUUGGUAGCAUAGGAGUGUUGUUCUUUAGACGAAUUUUAUUUUACAGCCGCGCAAAACACUAAACUCAACAAAUCGUGGAAUAUAGUGGGCGGAGCCAAAGCUGGGUCUAUGACGUACAAAAGAAAAGGUGGCCGGGUAUAGUGCAAUGAUCGAUACAGCUUUCACUCGCGGCACUGACUUAGCAUCGUUCUGUUCGCCUGCGCCCGUACGCUCAUCCUGCACUCUAGCGGCGGCAAGAGGACUCACGUACGCUCGCGCGCUCACCCUGCGCUCUAGCGGCAGCAAGAGGACUGCGUGUAGUUCUGCUCGCGUGCGCCCGCGCGCAAACUCUGCAUUCUAGCGGCAGCAAUCGGACUCUUCGUGCUGUGAUGGGACUCCCUUCGUGCGGAGGUGAAUUUGGAAGAAAGCUGGCUUGCGUUAGACAAAAUAAUCUUUGGAAAAAAAAAGUUUAAAAAAAAGUAGAGUUGUUUUACGAACACAUGCUGGUAUUUUGAGUUAGUAAUACAAAGACUGAAUAAAUAUGUUUAAACCAAGGGACCUAACCCACAAAAUGAUCACUAUUCCUGCUCAGAAGUUACCAGUUUCACUUGAGGCUGAUCCUCGGCGGAAAAUAAAGCCCUGUUGCAUUAUUAUUUUCACUGUUCCUUGUUAAUGUUUCCGAAGUUGUUAGCUCAAACGAGAGUAUAACAAAAACUGUUGUUUUGGAAGCAUGUUUGUACUUUGCUGUGGUGAGAUAUAAAUAUUAGUUUAACUCAAACACCAUAUUCCUGUUUAGAAUAUCAGUCGCUGGAGUAAAUAUUGCAAAAGAGCUACUGACAAUCGGAAUGAGAAAAUGUGACAACCAGUAAGUUUUCUGACAACUGCACGAUAUUCUAUAUUGGUGGUUGCAGUUCACAGUAAUUAAUUACGCGCCAUGUUUAAAGAAACGUGAGCACGAGUUAUGGCAAACUGGUUGCGGAAGUAGUUUGUUUCACACUUUCGAAAUGUACCUAUUUCACGUGUGCAUGUUUUUGUAUUUUCAAUUUCAAACGAGUUGCAUUCAGAAGCGAGCACCAACAGAAGCUAGUCAUAUAAAGUACAUUCUUGCCUCUGAAAUAAUUAACGGAAUGUGUAUGUAUUUUAUUUUGUAUUAUGUGUUAAGAAGUUUGAAUUAACUAUACGUUCCUGUUUACCACUAAGCAUGAGACAACCUCGAAACGAUGUUGUUAUGACAGUUACCGUGUAGCUACCCGUUAGGCAUAGGUGACUGUCAGUUUAUAUUAAAAUAAAGGGAGAAAAGUUAAUAAUUUUAAAGUUGUGAUAUUUGAAACUAGUCACAUACAAUUAAUAAGCUCUGAACCAAAUUUCGAGGUUGGUGGAAAUUUUGGGUUUAGAGGUGACUUAGCUCAUUGUUCUAAGUCUAGAUCAUGGAAACUCGAAAGUAAUAUACAACUGAAUAUGUUUACAGAUAGCUGUAAGCUGUUGAAAGAUACAAGUAGUAUGCGGGUAAAGCACAAUGAACAGAUACUUUUACACGAGAGCUCGAUAUUUAUCUCUGAGCACAUAUCUCUGAGUUUAUCGACUGUAUAUUAAGGUCCAGCAAAAUGUUUUGAGUCCUGACCAAAUGUUUGCUGUAACCUUUUUUUUUUUUUUUUUCGGAUCAAGCGUUAUUUUGUUCGAUUGUAAUGUAUUAACCUUUGUGUAGAUGACCAAACGCACAAUUCAUAAUGCUGUUUGUACAUAGACUUGUAAAAUUUGUUAUUUAUUUAUUACGUUAUUACGUUUGCUGUUUUUGAAAGAUAAAACUGCUAAAAUGGAAAGGUAAAUACUGACAUGGUGUUGUAUGUCAUUCUGUAAGCCUGGUUUUAUUUUUAAAGUGUUCGGUUCGUAGCAAGUAGUUGUUUGAGUACAUGUAUAUACAGUUUCUCGCCCAUUGAAAAUGUGAGUUAAAAACCAUCUUGAAAAUUGUUAUAUUGUUUAAAGAGCAAGGCUGCAAUGGAAAAUUAACUUUUGACGCCCUAUAUCAAUGUUUUGAUUGAAGAAUAAUAUAGUAAUAACUUAGUUUUAUAAGUUAGCGUAUUCUGUAGUUAGUCAGAUAUUUGGCAUCUGCAGACAGUUCAAUUCGACAAGCAGUUGCUUUAGAUUAGACAGCUUGAAGGAUGUUUUUGUGACAAGUUUUAUGUUUUUGAGUUCUAUCGAAGUAAGUAUUAAAUGUCAGCCAUUUCUCCGAAUAUGUUGUUAUUUAUUGUUAAUUUUCUAGCAUUGCAGUCUUAAUUUUUGGACACUUUGACAUGUUUUGUAUUUUGAGUAUUUUUAUGAAAUCCAAACAAAUGGCGCUGUAAGUUUUUUAAAAAUCAUUUUGACGAGCAAAAUUUUGUUUUAAUUUAUAAAACUUGAAUGGAAGAGCAUGUGAUUUACUUGUGGAAUAAUCCUGUUAUUUGUUUCUAAUUGUGAAAAACUAUGGUCAGAACGUUUUACUAUGUUGAUUUUUCGAAAUAAAUCUACUUCAAAUAUAUAUUUUUAAAUUAAUUUUUAGUUUACUUCUAGACAUUUCAUGUUGACUAGAUUUAAAACAUCGUAGCUAUUAUUUAGCAGCGCUGAUCUUAAAGUUCAUGGCAUUCUUUAGGUUUAAGCUCCGAUGAUUUAUUUAUUUAUUGCCAAGAUAAUUCGCUUUUCCUCAGUCACAAUUUUUAGAUGAAAAAGUAUUACUUCUUAGCUCUGUGGUGAAUAUAUAUUUAUUUAUACACAAAUAUUCAACUGUUAAAGAAUUAGUUUUUUAUUAAUUGGUUUCAAAAUAUUGUGAAUAUUAACUUGUUCGUAUUAUAGCUGAUACGAUGUUCACUUUAAUUACUUGUGCUACUUAAUUGUAUUUAGAUAUUCUUCUAUCAUUUUGGUAAUGUGAUUCUCCCUCGGUCGAAGAUAUAAUGAUAUUGUUUACAAUUGAUCUUAAUAAGUUAUUAAGGUAGAAUAUUGUUGGACAUUAACAUUUCUUUUUAUUAACUGCUUAGGUACCCAAUAAAUUUUAAAAUAUAAUAAUCACUUAAUUUAAAUUCAACCAAGUAUUUUUUGUUUAAGUUCUGUCUUUACCAACAUCGUUCAUGUUUGCAUUUAUUGUUUUGUCACAGACACUGUUUAGGUUAUUUCAUUUUGUUAGCAUUUAGUCUUUAUGUCAGUUGCAAUGGAUUCGUCACAAAUUUAAGUUCCCCGAUUUUAUGAUUGAUUGCAUAUGUUGUCACCGUAUUCUUACUAAACGUUAUCAUUAAGUUGUGCAUUUAAGUUUGGUUCCAUAAUUGUUUCACCAUAUACCGGUACCACAAAAAUCGUUCAGAAAAUGUGUUCGUUAUUAAAAGUACAGUAAUAGUACACUAAUUGCGUCAUUUUAAAAGUAAAUAAGUUUUUUUUUUCAGUGCUUAAAUUAAAAAUAAAAAGUUAUGUAAUACUAUUUUAUAAAAAUUCCUCCAUAAAAAAUCUCCGAAAUAAGCACAAAAAAUGCAACAUCGUGAGUGAUAUUAAUAGUAAAUAUCCAUUAACAAUGUUUUCGUACAAAGAAACUGUGCAUUUUAUCUAGAAAAAAUAUUUCUGAGCACCAGCUUGAUCUGAUAUAGGUCCCUACGAUUCUUUGCUAAAGUCACAUUCGAUCAGCAUCAUUUUAACGUGUCACGAAUAUAAAAACGGAGCAACGACUUUCAGGCUUCCACACACACACACACACACACACACAUACAUACACACACACACAAAUACAUAUAUAUAUAUAUUUAUUUAUUUAUUUAUUUAUAUAUAUAUAUUAAUUCAUCGCAGUAAUUAUUGCAUGGUUGUUACAAAAACUCCGUACCUUAUUGUGAAUAAUAAAUGGUAAUUUUUAUCAUGGAUGAGUCAAUAAAAUCCUCAGAUAUUUUAAAAAUGUCAGUUUUCUAACGAUUUAAUAUCUAUGGAGAAAAAAAUUUAAGAAAAAAAUUAUUCACUGAGGUAAAUACAGUAAUUCAAACACUAACACAUGUGUAGUUGACAAGGACUACAAUAUUUAUCUCUAGAGAAAAUAUAAGAAUUUUGUAUCUACUUAUUGCUCUGGGCAUGUGUGUUCAUCUUCGCCGGGAACGGCUGCUACCCACAAAGAAAUCCGUAUAUAUACUCCUUAAAUUUUAAAAAUAAAAUUUUAUUGCAUUGAAUAUUCAUUGAAUUUUCAGCAUUUUUUUUUCUUUUAUAGUAUUUUGUUUCUGAAUCUGAUUUGAAUCCAGGUACGCUUUCAAAAAUCGAAUUGGGGAAUCUGGUUCGAGAAAUAAAUGGAUUCAACACAUCGCUGAUUCUUAUUUAUUGUGUUUAUUGUUUCCUUAAGUUCGCUGUACGUCCGUACUCCUUGCGAGCGUGAGAUUGGCGCGGGAUAUUCACAGGCUUAAGUUGCGAAUAUUUUACUGGAAUUUAAUAUGGGGAAUAGCUGCACGGGCGACGGUACGUAGAGAUCACGGUCUUGUAGCGUUUAUUUGUGUUUCGUCAUUCACGGAAUCACGUUUGACGUAAAAAAAAACAAAAUAAAAGUCCCGCAACGCAGCAGCGAGGUGUCCGCGUUCUAAAAACGUAGUUUAAUAGAGCAGGGUACCCCCCCCCCCCCCUUUUCACAACCCAUCAGCCCCAUAAUGGUGAAUUCUUCCAACCAACAAUCAUCCCCCCCCCCCCAAAAAAAAAGACUUACCUAGGAACUUGAAUUUGAUGGUGUCAACCAGGAGAUUCGGGGGGAGUAACCCAGAAAAGUUUGAAAAUUUGGUUUAUCAAAAUCGUGUUUUAAUGCAAAUAUAUCACUAAAAUAUUAAGCUAAAUAUUGCGCUUAAGGGAAAUAAUUAAUGGCAACCGAUACUAUAUUUUUUUUAAUAUUUCGUGAUUAUUUUUUCUUAUUCCUCGCAAGGGUUUAAAAUUCCCCCAAAAGUUUCUCAAUGGCGAAACUCGCAUGAUAUCCCCCAACCCCCUUUUUUUGGGCGGCCCUGCGCGAGAGAAUGGUUUCACUUUUAAGCGAGUCAUUGGAAGCCAGCACCAGACAGCUCUAGCUAUUGACUCAGGGGGGCGUGAAGUGACACUACAAUAAUAUUUUGAAAUUAAUAGUUAAUUAAUAUAUAUUAUUAUCCAGCUACAAACCUUUUUCACUUCUAUUAGGAAAUUUGAAUCACGCGAUAAAGAAAGGAUUGCUGAGAGAAAAUAAAGAAUUUUCAUUACUGCCAUAAUAUUGGUCUCAUGUGGUUUAAGCAAAAAAAUAAAUAAAUUAUAACCCACCAAAUAUAUUCGACAAGAAAACCGAACCGUUGUCAGACAACGAGUGGAAAAAUGAUAUUUCCAAUAUGGCUGUAAUAGUAUACACGGAAAAAUAAUUUCUGAACUUUGACAAAAGAUUCUUUUGGAAAUCAGUUGCCGAGAAAUAGUUUUUUAAUACUGCAAGAAAGAUAUGGUAACUUUGUACAACUCAUGGCUAUGUUUUUUUUUUUUGCAUAUUUUAAAUACGUUUUUCUUGAUAAUAUUAUUUCUUAAGAAAAUUGGCGUAUUAUUAUAUAUUUUAAUUUAUGUUUCAUUCAAACAUAUUGUUUUAAACCACGGAAAAGUUUACCGAGUAUUCAAUAAAUUGACUUUAUUUUGUUUUAUUACGCUUAUUAAUGUGCGUAGUUAAUACUUGAAAGCUAUCCAGGAAACGGUAUACAAAUAACUUUAACUAUUAAUGUACUGGGAUGAUUAAAGAAUAAAUACCCGUGUAGUAAUCUAAACAGGAUUACUGCGAACACCUUUUUUGUAGUGAUAGAGUUGUUUUCAUUUAAAUUACAAUUUUACAUACAUCUGUAAUUUUACAGGAAUACUUCUGUUCCAUUUACAAAACAAAAUUGCAGUUACCCUCAAUGCAUUCUUAUGGACAUAAUACUUUGUUUUCAAUAUGUCGCUAUGUCCUCUUCCUCUUCUGGUUUCGCCCUCUCGUUUCUAGUCUGUAUUUAUGAUACCCUCGAGGAGGAAGUGCACAUGUGGUUUUUGCCCUCUAUUGGAGUCACAUGACAACACCACGUUUGUCGCACGCAAAGGUGUACUGGUUUCUCUCACAUUUACUUAUAUCAUUUGCAGUAGAAAUCUUUAACUUUUAACAGAAAAAAAUUCAUUGACUUCAUGAGGCCUAGACGCACAAUCACGCUCAACAUAUAAUUACAACAGCCGUAACUAAAAUAAUUAAAGUAAAUUGUGACAAUUCUUUAAUCAUAUUUUCUAUAUGAAAAAAUAUCAAACUAUUAGUAUAUUUUUCCACCUCUAACGACUAGCUCAGUUUCUUCGGGCACACUGCUAGCUUUGAAAGACUAUAUUAAAUUAUUUGUGGUUUAAUUUCAGUGUUAAAGAUUUUUUUUACAGAAUUACAUUAAAGUAAGAUAACAUAACAAAAUUCUUGCUGUCUGAAAUUAUUGUGAGUUCGCUUCAGGAUAUUUACGAUGAACACAAAACCUCUUACACUGCUAUACAUUCCAAAUUUUGAACUUAUAAACUUAUCAGAUUGAAUAACUCUUUGAAGUUAAAAUUGUAUUAAAUACUUUUAUUACUUUAGUUGUGUUUAUUUGGAUAAAUAUUUUCAGUCUCUUAGCUAAAUAUUUAAACGUUUCAUUUGAUUUUAUUAUUAGAUAGAUCUUUUAAAUUAAAUGACUUCAGCUCGAAUGGUAUAUAAACAUAGUAUAUGUCGUUUAAAUCACAAGGAAGAGAAUUUAUUUAGUUAUUAGGUUGUUUUAUUGUUCAUUACAUUUUUUGUUAUUGUUUUCAAAUAUAUAAUAUUUUUUUUAAUAAAUUUUAUGUUGGUAGUUAGUUUGUUGCAAAGUAUUUGCUAGCCAACGCACUUAGUGAUUUAUUUGCACAUAUAGCAGUGGACCUAUUCAAAACUAAUGUAAAGUAGCUUUUAAUUUAUAUUUAUUUUCAUAGUUUAGCAGCUCAAAAAAAAACCUCACAUCAAAAAUUGUAAUGAUUUUCCCAAGUAAAUCACGUAAGUUGCUGAUAAAUGAACCCUUCUCUCGUCUAUGGAUGGAUCAAAGUUAUUACUUAGUGGUUAUAAACUUACUGUUUUAACGGUAACGAUAAUUCAUAGAAAAUAUUACACAUCUGCCCACAAACUGUUGAAAAAGAUGAGAAUUUGCAAAUUCUACCAUCAACUUUUUUUUCUGCACGAUCAUAAUAGUGUCGAAUGAAUCUAGCGAAUACAUCUGCGCACGGCUAAUGACAGUAGCAUAGGAGUGAACUGCGUCCGUUGGGCUGAACACUCAAUGACACAGCCACCGGAUCAUUCAAGUAUUCACCAAAUAAUUAAGUGCACAGUACAAAUUAUUGUGAAAUUAAAAUGACAAAUAUUCCACUUAAAUCUUGUUAAAUUAAAGUAUUGUGAUGAAGACAGUGAGUUAAGGAUGUAUUUAGUAUGUAAUAAAUCCCCUCUCAGAGGAAAUAAACAGUGUUGUAUGAAGCUUUACCCUUAGUUUGAAAAGUACCUUGAAGUGUGAAUGAAGAAUUUUUGUGUGUUUAUUAUUUUGCUAUUUUGUCGAUUCAAAUGUUCUCCUGUGAUGAAUAUGCACACUUAAACUUUGAAUUUUCUCUACUAUUGAAGAAAGUGACUGUGGUGAAUUGACUGUUAUCAGUUUAUAUGUGCGUGCUGUUAUCAUGACACUAAUGAGAGCCAAUGUAAUUUACAGUUAUGGCUGGUCUGACCUUCGUCACUGUUUUUGCAAAGUUGGCAUUAAUGUACGGGCGCGAUGCUCCGGAAUCUUUCACAACCUGUAUGUAUAAUUAUAUUUCAUUUGUUCGAAAUAAAGAGUUGCAUUUAUGA